UUCAGCAGCAGAAGAAUAAAGAAGCCUAUGAAGAAGCUACAAACUUUCCAACAUUUCUGUUUGAAUUUAUACCAAGCUGUUGGUCAUCAGUGGAGUUUCCCCCCCCCCCUUUUCCCCACCCCUUUUUUCUCUUUCCUUUUCUUACGCCACAUUGUUGGUGAAUAUGACAUCUGGGAGAGUUGCAGGGCGAGCCUUGAAUGUGGUCAUUGUUCAGCACAUCAUUUGUCACGUCCUUUCUGUCUGUGGCCGAGGAGGAGUUGCUGUUUGCAGGGUGAAAUGUGAAGAGGAGCUCGACCAAACAGCUACAACCCCAGUCGGCUGGAAGGAGAAUCUGUCCAGAGGAGAAGAGAGGAAGAUGACGAGAAAGAGGAAGACUGCAAAACAGAAGCCUGAAGCCUUGGGCUCUCUGGAAACCUGCCAUGUGACAUUUGGCUGCCAGCAGUGCACCAGAAGGUCAAAGGGGGCCGCGGUGGACAUUUCGUGGAAAUGCAGAGCAACAUCCACCGCCACAGUUGCAGCCAUCCUCACGGAUUCUUCGAGCCUGGGGAUGGGGCGUCUGGCUUCGGGGGCUCCCGUCAACCCCCGACCCACCAGCACGCAGAGGAGCAUCCGCGGAGGUCCAAGCGGCAAAGCCCCAAUAAGUUCACAAUGAGCAAAAAGGUUUUCCCCUGGAUGAAGGAGUCGAGACCCUCCAGUCAGAAUCCCCACAGGGGGGUUGCAGGUUGCACCGAGAAGCCUCCUGGCUCGAGCCAGGCCUCCAAGCGCACGCGCACCGCGUACACGAGCGCGCAACUGGUGGAGCUGGAGAAGGAGUUUCACUUCAGCCGCUACCUGUGCAGGCCGCGGCGGGUGGAGAUGGCCAGCCUUCUCAACCUGAACGAGAGGCAGAUCAAGAUCUGGUUCCAGAACCGCAGGAUGAAGCAGAAGAAGGACCAGAGAGUGCAGGGCCUCGCCGCGACGAGCACCAGCUCCUGCUCCCCUCCGUCCUCCCCCUCCGCCGCGGGCAGCCCCACUCUGGCGAGCCUGGGUUAUGUCCAUCUGGGUGCUGAUUACCAGCCGCCCUCCCCUCCGCUCAAACAGCCCCAGCAGCAGCCUUACCCUGUGGGAUACUCCAAAUACACAGCCCCGAGCUUCACGCACGACCCGCACUUUGAUACGGCGCAGUACAGCGCCGCGGACUCAAACCAGGGACUGGGCGGGUCGUACUUCUUGCAGGCCUGCACACCUCAGGACAGAAUCAUGCAAGCUCCGAAACUGACUCAUCUCUAGGAUUUCUGCACGCAACGCUGCUGAUUAUCCACUGGUUUUAGAAAUAAUUUAUUCAUAAUCGGCAUAUUCGGAUUUAUAUUUUAAGCAUGCUUCCUUUAGCUUCAGUUAGUCCAUCUCCAAAAGCUCAAGAUGCACAUAAGUAGAACUUGGUAUUUAGGUAAUUAAAAACAGAUCAUGUUCCGGUUCCAACCCAUUACGCAUGGUCUACAAAUUAUAAGGAGAAACGCUACGCUGAAUGGCAAAUCCUUUGUUUCUUUUUA